ACGGGUGAGGGCACAGCCUCGGGGGAGCCUCACUCAGGCAGCCAGGAGGCGCAGAGGGCAGGCCUGCGUUGGGCGAGAGCCUAGAGCCGCCUCGUCUGAAGAGGCUGCGUGGUCCUGGAUCUGAGCGCAGGGCAGACGCCAGAGAGCCCAAGUUUCCCCAGGCACCGGAGAGCGCCCGGCUGACCGUCAGUCUCCUGCGGCUCACAAAGACCAGGUCUUGUUUCCCGGGACGUUUCAGGAAUGAGCACUCGCCCCCCCCCCACUUCCGGUCGGGUUGCCUGGCUUCUUCCGCCCCUCGUGUGUUUGGCGGGUCCACCUCGAGACGGGCCGCUGCUGCAGGCAGUCAGUUGCUGGCGUGUGGAAUCGAAGUUCCGGAGGCCCGGGCUGUGAGAACGUCGCCAUGCCUAAAGCACCAAAGGGAAAAACUGUAGGACAAGAAAAAAAAGUCAUCCAUCCAUACAGUAGAAAAGCAGCUCAAAUUACAAGAGAGGCCCACAAACAAGAAAAAAAGGAAAAAUUGAAGAAUGAAAAGGCGUUGCGUCUCAGCCUUAUUGGUGAAAAACUGCAGUGGUUUCAAAAUCACCUUGAUCCCAAAAAAGUAGGAUAUUCAAAAAGAGAUGCUUGUGAAUUAAUUGAAAGGUAUUUGAAUCGAUUCAGCAGCGAGCUGGAGCAAAUUGAAUUGCGGAACAGCUUCAAGGACAGGCAGGGCCGGAGGCACUGCUCUCGGGAGGCGGCCAUCAGGCAGACCCUGGAGCGGGAGCAGCGGCAGUACCAGGCCCACGGCCUCGAGAUUCCAGACAUUUUAAAUGCAGAUAAUCUGAAAACUUUUAGGGAAUGGGAUUUUGAUCUGAAGAAAUUGCCAAACAUUAAAAUGAGAAAAGUCUGUGCUAGUGAUGCGGUGCCCAAGAAGUGUAAGAAGAAAGCUGUAACCGCUGUAGACAGAGAUUUAGGGGAAUUGGAACUGAAAGAUGAGUCAAGUGACACAGACGAGGAAAUGACUGCGGUGGCCUAAGUGUCUUUGCUUGAGUUGAAAAUAAAUAAUUUGAGAACCUCCAAGUUAUACUUGAA